AUGUUGGCCUCAUCGCGACCGGAUGGCGCGCUAGUGUGCACACCAAAUCAUACGCAUGUCGCGUUAUCGAAAGAACUGCUCAAAGGUGGUCUGCAUGUAUUGUGCGAAAAGCCGAUCUCUGUCGAUAGUGAAAGCGGUCAGAACCUCAUUGACUGCGCUGGAAGAAGUGGGCUACGUCUCCUGAUCGGUCACCAUCGACGCUUCAACCGGUACGUUGUAGCGGCGAAGAACGCACUUCCAUCGCUGGGCAAGAUUGUUGCCGUCAGCGGACUCUGGACGAUCUAUAAACCACCAGAGUACUUCGAGCCACCCAUGGAAUGGCACCGUGCAGAAACUGCAGGUCCGGUUCUUAUCAAUCUCAUCCAUGAUGUAGACAUCCUGCAAUAUUGGUUUGGACCGAUCACUCGUGUUUUUGCCGAGAAAGCAACCUCCCAAAGGGGCCAUCCUGCGGAAGAAGGGGCUGCAGUUACUCUCAAGUUCGCCAACGGUAUCGUGGGCACAUUCGUGUUGUCGGAUGCUGUAGUGUCACCACACAAUUUUGAGGCCGGUACCGGCGAGAAUCCCACCAUUCCGAAAGAAGGACAUGAUUCGUACAGGAUCUUCGGAUCAAAGGGAAGUCUGAGCUUUCCGGAUAUGACGAAGUGGACGUAUGCGGAGAAGCGUAGCUGGACUGAACCACUUGUGAAUGAGCGCGUUGAUGUGCCAGAUACGAAGGUACCUUUCGAACUGCAAGUCGAACAUUUCGUUCGCGUGAUCAGAGGUGAGGAGGCGCCAAAUUGCUCAGGUAUUGAUGGUCUUCGGGCAGUCAAGGUAUGCGAAGCCAUUAAGCGAUCGAUAGCCAACGGAUGUCCGGUAGACAUCCCGAUGGAAGCAUAA